CGACGAUCGUCAUCAUGUCCACCGACAUCCACCUCGCGGAAACCAGUGAUACGUCCCCCAAGGUCAAGCCCAAGCCGUCCAAGAGCAAGGUCCCGGUGCCUUUUGCGUACUACGAGAGCGACGAUGGGACGGAUGAGAACCUGCUGAUCAUCCUCCACGGGCUUGGCGAUACGCACACCCCGUUCGCGCGCAUGGCCAAGCAGCUCAAGCUCCCGCAGACAGCCGUCCUUGCCCUCCGCGCGCCACAGCAAAUCCCCUUCAUGGACAUGGAGUCCUUCCAAUGGUACCCCUCCUUCGAUCCUCUGGGCGAGCUCAUCCCCAACCCGGAUCCCACCCCUGCCCUCGACCUCCUCACCCGCGUCGUCGAGUACUUGACCUCCGAGUGUGCAUGGGCUCCGCAUCAGCUGCAUUUCUUCGGAUUUGCACAGGGAGGGAGCGUCGCAGCGGAGUUCGGACUGAGAUGGUGGCGGAAGCAUUCUUCCACCUCAUCAGAACCAACACCGAACUCCUCUGGCCGCCUUGGCUCGAUUGUGACCAUCUCUGGUCCCCUGCUCUCCUACCCCACCAUCACCCCGCCCUCCCCCACAUCCGUCCUCGUCGUCCACCGAGCACCAUCCAACGACCCCACGUUCCCGAAAGAUGCGCUCGUGGCGUACAAGAAAGGGUUCAAGGAAGUCAGGGAAGAGACCAUCGGCCGGGGCAGCCAACGCCAGGGCAUGCCAGCGUCAAGGGAGGAAUGGGAGCCUAUAAUGCGGUUCUGGAGCGAGCGACUGGGAAGGAGACAAGGAGAGGGCUUGUACGAGGUCAUGACGGGAGCAGCGAAGACAUAGUACGGGACGUUGGGCGUGAAUGAAAGCAUGAUUUCUCCCGGCAAGUUGCGAUGAUGGAGGUUCAACUUCGUUUCCCACGGUCAAUAGCCUCGAGUGCCCUGCAUCUAUCUCCUUGCGUAUCACCUAUCCCCUCCCGCCUCUACAUAGUCGGACCACGCAUCGCAGCGCUUUGAGUGUGCAUCCUAGGAAUUCGAACCUGCAAUGAAUCCCCUGACA